GAAAAUAUCUUCCACGGUUUCUGCUCACUGAUCCGGACCGGACGAAGUGAACCUCUCAAGUUUGUUCCAGUCGGCUGAGGAAAUGCAACCUUCAACCCUGGAUUCAUGGUUCUAACUUGGCCCGUCAAAACAUUUUCCACUUUCUGCUCAGGAGGUUGCCACAGCCAAGCUGCUCUUUGACAUCUCAUUUAACGAGCAUGCAAACUUUUGGAUCUGUGCCCUCUUUUCAGCUGGAUCGAGACUUGGUUUUCCAUAACUGUCAAGGUAAAUGAUGAACGAGAACGUCCAGGUGAAUGUUUAAGGUGCCUGGAGAAUUAAACUUUAGUCCUUUCAUUUCCUUGUCUUUAAUGGAGUUGGGCAGCUUUUGCCACAAUGCAAGGUCAUCUGGCAAAGAGCAAAGAGCUGGAAAACAGAAAUAAAUCGCCAUGAAUCUGAGUUUUGUUUGAUAAAAUGAUGAAUUUACAAAGUUUUUAUCCUGGAUUAUUGUGAUAUCUCAAUCCUGAACACUAACCAGCAACACUGAUUUUAUCACCCGCUAAUGGGGUCUUCUCAAAGGUGUAGGUCAUCCAUAAAACUUCCUUCCUGUGGCUCUUUUUGCUUUGUUGGAGCAAUGUUGCUUCUGUCCUUCAUCCCAGUGCACGCCUGCCCAAAGAUCUGCCACUGCACAGACAGGAACGGCAUGGUGGUGCAGUGCACCUCGCGCAAUCUAGAGAGUAUCCCAUCCAAUUUACCGAAGGAUACUGUUGUUCUCUUGCUCUCAUCUAACCGGAUCCGCCACAUCUCAAUGGAAGCCUUUACGGACCUCCCCCGCCUCAGGGAGCUGGACUUGUCCCACAACUCCCUUGAGAGCGUAGAGACUGGUGCCUUUCAAGGCAUUUCAGACAGCCUCCGGAUUUUGGAUCUUUCAAACAACCACUUAAGCAGCCUCCCAAGGGAAACCUUCUCCAAGCUGCAUGCUCGGGUUCGCCUCUCUCAUAACCCCUGGCACUGUGAAUGCUCGCUGCAGGAGGUUCUGCGGGAGCUGAGGCUCGACCCCGAGACAGUCAACGAGGUCAACUGCUACACCUCGGUGCAGGAAGAGUACGUGGGACAGCCGGUGAUCCAGGUUCUGGACUCUGGGAUCAACUUUUGCAACUUCCACCACAAAACAACAGACGUGGCCAUGUUUGUGGCCAUGUUCUGCUGGUUCUUCAUGGUGACGGCCUACAUUGUCUAUUACAUUAAACACAACCAGGAGGACGCAAGGAGGCACAUGGAGUACCUGAAGUCCCUGCCAAGCACCUCUCACAUCAGCAAGGACUACGACACAGCGAGCAGUGUGUUUUAGUUUCUGAGAAAGUCAAAGUGUAGCAAUGAAUAUGGAUUAAAGUGCACCACGGAAUACAAAUGAAAGCAAACCAACCAAUGUGGCACACAGCGAACACUGAGAGGUGACAUCUGUGCAGAGUGAUAUAUGCUGCACAAGGCACAAAGACAUGAGUGGGAGGCUUAAAAAUCUCAUCAUCGAGUAGUUACUGUCUAUUGACUUCCAUGAAAGAAAGACCCAGUCAGGACUUUUCAGGGGGAGUAACAGAGGAGAGUGGGUGUAGUAUUUACAUCCACUAUUGUGUUAAUCUUUGCCAAGCUACCAUAAAGAGGUUAU